UGCUUUCUAGUGAAAGAGCGUGUUUUCGUAUUACUCCAAGUUACAGUGUUGUAUUGUUAAAAAUACGGUGAUUCUUUUGAUUGUUUGACGUAUUUUCGUUUUGACCAACACUUCACAAGAUGUCUGACAAUCCCAGCUCUCCACCACCGAACACUCCCAGCGACAUUGAUCGCCGGAAUUUUCGUUCAGGUAUGACCUCGCCGGUCGGAGAAUUCGAGCCGUUCGAAAACGAGGAAGAAAUUCUGGGUGACAUGACCAUUCGGGAGGAUAAUUACGAUGAGGAUGAGGACGGCGAAGAGCUCUUUGGAGAUAACAUGGAAAACGAUUAUCGUCCGGUUCCUCACCUGGAUCGUUAUGAAAUUGAAGAUUUGGACCAGGAAGUGUACAGCGACAUCUCACAGGGGGAUCGCGCCGCUGCUGAAAGGGAAAUGCGUCGUCGUGAUCGCGCUGUAGGUGUUCAUCGUGAUGACCGGGAACUUUUCUACGAGAGAAGCGAUGACGAAGAUGAUAUUCCCAGAGCCAAACGGCGUGCUGCAGAGAAAGCUGCCGAUGGCGAAGUGGAAGAUACCGAAAUGAUAGAGUCGAUCGAAAAUUUGGAGGAUACCAAAGGGCACAGUAUCAAGGAAUGGGUUUCAAUGUUGGGACCGCGCACUGAAAUUGCUAACAGAUUCAACAGCUUUUUGAGAACGUUUGUUGAUGCCAAGGGGCAGUACGUUUAUCGCGAUCGCAUUCGAAGAAUGUGUGAACAAAAUAAGUCUAGUUUUGUCGUAUCGUACACGGAUUUGGCCAACAAUCAGCAUGUAUUGGCAUAUUUUCUGCCGGAAGCACCAUUUCAACUGCUUGAAAUUAUGGAUAAAGUUGCAAAGGAAAUGGUUUUGAGUAUUUAUCCAACAUAUGAGCGUGUUACAAACGAGAUUCACGUUCGUAUUUCCGACUUGCCAUUAGUAGAGGAAUUGCGCACUUUCCGGAAACUUCACUUGAAUCAAUUGGUUCGCACCCUUGGAGUAGUAACUGCAACCACUGGAGUGCUCCCACAGUUGUCAGUUGUCAAGUACGACUGUGUCAAGUGCGGUUACAUUCUGGGACCAUUCGUGCAAAGCCAGAAUACUGAAGUGAAGCCUGGAUCAUGCCCAGAGUGUCAAAGCGGUGGACCAUUUUCGAUCAAUAUGGAACAGACCCUAUAUCGCAACUAUCAGAAAAUUACCCUGCAAGAGUCGCCAGGCCGUAUUCCGGCCGGACGUAUUCCAAGAAGCAAAGAUUGCAUCUUGCUGUCGGAUCUGUGUGAUCAAUGCAAGCCAGGAGAUGAAAUUGAAGUGACCGGAAUUUACACCAACAACUACGACGGAUCAUUGAAUACCGAGCAAGGCUUCCCCGUGUUUGCGACCGUUCUGAUUGCCAAUCACCUUGUGGUGAAGGAUAGUAAACAGGUUGUUGCGUCUCUCACUGACGAAGAUAUAUCUACAAUUCAAAAGUUGAGCAAAGAUCCACGCAUUAUUGAACGCAUUGUACAGAGCAUGGCUCCUUCCAUUUAUGGCCAUGAGUACAUCAAGCGUAGCUUGGCUCUUACAUUGUUUGGUGGAGAGGCAAAAAAUCACGGUGAAAAACACAAACUUCGAGGCGAUAUUAACAUUCUGAUCUGCGGUGAUCCAGGAACUGCUAAGUCACAAUUUCUGAAGUAUUCGGAGAAGAUUGCUCCACGUGCUGUGUUCACAACCGGUCAAGGUGCUUCGGCUGUUGGUUUGACUGCCUAUGUACGAAGAAACCCAGCGACACGUGAAUGGACACUAGAAGCGGGAGCGCUUGUGCUGGCCGAUCAGGGUGUGUGUCUGAUCGAUGAGUUCGAUAAAAUGAACGAUCAGGAUCGAACCUCAAUCCAUGAAGCUAUGGAACAACAGUCGAUUUCAAUCUCCAAAGCUGGCAUCGUAACAUCGCUGCAAGCACGUUGUGCUGUGAUUGCCGCAGCCAAUCCGAUCGGUGGUCGUUAUGAUCCUAGCAUGACCUUUUCUGAGAACGUCAAUCUUUCGGAACCGAUUCUGUCGCGUUUUGAUAUCCUCUGCGUGGUGAAAGAUGAGUACGAUCCUAUGCAGGACCAGCAGUUGGCUCGGUUUGUUGUCGGUUCUCACAUCAAACACCACCCAACAAUGGACGAAGUCAUACCUGAAUCACAGCCCACUGAUAGUAUGCAGAUACCGCAGGAUUUGUUGAAGAAGUUCAUCGUCUACGCCAAGGAAAAUGUGCAUCCUAAACUGACGAAUAUGGACCAGGAUAAGAUAGCCAAAAUGUACUCGCAAUUGCGACAGGAAUCCCUUUCCACAGGGUCGUUACCCAUCACGGUUCGGCAUAUUGAAAGUGUUAUCCGCAUGUCCGAAGCACACGCCCGUAUGCAUCUGCGUGACACUGUACAAGACGUCGACGUCAACAUGGCCAUCCGCAUGAUGCUGGAAAGUUUCAUCGAAGCGCAAAAAUUCAGCGUCAUGAAAAAGAUGCGCUCUACCUUCCAGAAGUAUCUAUCGUUCCAGAAGGACCACUCCGAGCUGUUAUUCUUUAUUUUGCGCCAGCUGACUCUAGAUCAGUUGGCGUAUGUGCGUUGCAAGGAAGGACCACGAGCGACGCAUGUGGAAAUUAUGGAGAAGGAUUUGGCCGAACGUGCCAAGGCGAUCGAUAUACACAAUCUAAAACCAUUCUACGACGGUGAGCUAUUCAAAAAGAACGGAUUCUUGUACGAUGCAAAACGGAAAACCAUCUUGCAGAUUGUACCAGAAGCUGCUGUAGCUUAAAUAACAAGUGUUUCUGUUUUAAACCCUUUGAACUUCUACACCGUAUUGUACAACUCUUUUUAUAUACGUUUUUUAAUAUUAACGUUUUCUUUUAACAUCAAUUCUUCGAAAUUCCUUUCUAAAUGGCGUUUUCCUCUAGUAGGGGAGCAUCCCCUUUUUUCUCCAAUAUUAAACAUUGUAUUAGAAAAACUACUACAUAGUACGUCAGUGUGAUCCAACUAAGCAAUUUUAAAAAUAUGAGAACUUUCGUCUUUAAAAAACAACCUAAAUAGGACUUCAAUUGUUUUCCGCUGUUC